AUGGCAACAGGCGGUUAUGGUUCCCGUUCAGACGGUACAGACGAAGAUUUCUCCUGCCCUGUUUGUCUGGAAAUUCUGGAAAACCCUAUCUCGAUACCCUGCGGUCACACGUAAGUGUCAGCCAUCGAAAUCUUGUUGUUUUAACGAAAUGAACAUAGUUUAACUUAAAAUUUAGCAUUCGUUCUUUACUGUUAUUGAAAAAGUAGCAACUUUGACCCAAGGCAACAAACGGCCCAAUGUUGAACUUCCGUCAUGCAUCGAUGUCGAAAGAAACCGGAAGUAACGAUCGCCAUCAUUGUUUAACCUUAGAAUAAUUUGGAAAACAAAACCCCGAAUAAAACUAAAGAAAAAAACAAUCAUUCGACAUGAAAAUAACAUGAACUUUAAAAACUGCAGUUCCUAAAUGCCCAAAAUGAAAUUAGCUAGUGUAUUUGGAAGUAAUUUCCUUUUUUCUGUUGAAACUGAUAUAUUUUCUCUCUUUCAAAUUCAGAUUCUGCCGUGACUGUUUGUCCUCUUGUGAAAGUGCGUCUGGACCAUCCACCUGUCCUGUAUGUCGAACUAGCUUCAAUGCCCGUCAGAAGUUUAAUGCUAGAGAUAUUGAACAGCAGAUAUAUCAAAGCCGUGGUUACUGUUCUGGAUGCAACAGACGGGUAACACUGUGUUAUGCACCUAUCAAUGUUAAUCUGGAUGGGGCUUGGAAGGCCAGGCAAAGGACGGGGAUUUGAACGCGAAGCAAUUUUUGGCGUCAAAUGCCUUACCCUGGGCCAUCAUACUUGGUCAAAAGAGAACAAAUUUGCUACCCCUCCAACUAAAACUAGAGGCCAAAUCAGUCAGUGUAAAACGCAGACUGCGGACUGCAGACUGCAGACUGCGGACCAGGGGUAAAAUGCAGACUGCGUGUAAAAUGCAGACUGCAGACUCAGAGUAAAACGCAGGUUGGGGUAAAAUGCAGACCGAGCAUAAACUGUCGUCGCGGAAGGGUUUAAGGGAAAAACAAUCCCUCAAAUACAUGUAAACAACACCACUUACACUUACUUGACAUCUUCUUUCACAAAUCCAUUCUCCAUCGCUCUGGAACGUCGCCGACGAUGCGAAAACAUAGUAGUAAUUGCAAUCUUUAACCUUUUUUCCGUUCGAGAGACCUCACGCUUCAACUUUCGAUACAGGUGACCGUGAACUGGUACAACACAACCAUGUUUACGCUUAAAUAAAAGCUGCUGACCGAAAAUAAUGUACAGAAAGAAUUCAAAAGAAUUAUGGUGAUAAAAAAGGGAGUAAAUCAUUCCAACAACAAAGGAAGAUGUUCUGCAGGAAAUUUCGAUGACCUUCUAUGAAAGGAUUGAAAAUCAAGGUAAGCAGACUUUAGCUGUUUGGAUGUUCAUUGAACUUUUGGCGAGAAUGUGUAAUGUACUUCGACUAGGAAACGAGGUGUGUUACUGAUUACCAGCUAGCUAUUUGAAGAAGAAGGAGUACAGUCUUCAUUCUGCAUUUUGCACCCAGCCUGCGUUUUACUCUCAGUCUGCAGUCUGCAUUUUACACUCUCUCUGCAUUUUACCCCUGGUCGGCAGUCUGCAGUCUGCAGUCUGCAGUCCGCAGUCUGCAGUCCGCAGUCUGCGUUUUACACUGACCGGAGGCCAAAUGUGUUUCAUUGAAAGGAGCAACAUACCAACUUUUUGAGAAAGCUGUAUCUAUUUAUUUUAACAAGUGUUGUUAAAAUGCUCUGGUGAAAUGCCAGCAUCAGGAAGGAAUGUUUUCUACCUACACAGUUUAACGAAUUUGCAGCUGAUAAACAAGCAAAUUUACUUGCUUUCAAACGUGGGCAAAACAUUUGUAUCAUGCAGUGGUACUGAAUAAGAGCCUAACUUCCUAAAACAGUUAAGUAUAUGAAUGGAUGUAUUCAUUUAGGUAAGAGUAGAGAGGAUACCAUGUCACACUCUCCUUGGCUGCCAUCUUGCACGUGUCCAUGAAAAAAUACCCACAGAUCCUUGCAGGAACAAUGGCCACCAAUCCCCCUGGUAAAGUAACUGUUAACCAAAUGGUGACCAGGUCUUUUACAGCUUCCAAUCCAAAAUGGCAUCUGUAAUUGGAUGAAAUUCAAAAGUCACCACUCCAGGGACUUGGCAAUAAUCAAAAGUCCCCACCAAGGUCCGACUUCCUCCGUCAAAUCCUUGGUCUUUACCCUGCCUUCCCCCACUCCUCCAGAUUAACAUUCAUUCUUGAUAGGUGCAUUACUUGUCUAAAGUACCCUUGCUUUGUAAUGGGCUAUUGUAUUUAAUAUCCAUCCCCCCCCCCUCUGUUGAGGACUUGCCUCUUCUUCUUACCCCUGAAGAUUAAAUAAAAUAAUUAUUGCAUUCACCCCAGAGGACUUCCACAAAAUAGGGGUCUACCCCUUGAUGAGUAUGGGUCUACCCCUGAUGAAUUUCAUGAAAAUUAUAGCUUUGCUCUUUCACUAAAGAAAUCCUCAAUUUUUAUAGUUGGUACAGAUAUUAGGCUGAUUUAGCAACAGAAUGGGAACGUCAUUUAACGACAGGGAAGCGCACGGAAAGGCUAAAUUCGACUUCCAAAGUCCAAUUUGCCACUCUGCCAUUGGCCAAGCCAGUUGUUUGAUUUGCGCGUGCCGUUGUCAACUGACGUUCCUGUUCUGUUGCUAAAACAGCCUAUUAAAAAUGCAAUAGCCCAGUUAUUUCAACGUAACCCAACAGUAAAGUCACUCAGUUUGGGAAAGUUAGUGUUCUUUUUACAAGUUUAUGACAAAAAUGAUGAAAUCUGAGUUCCUAACAAGGAAUGGUAUUACACCUUCAUAGUUAUUCAUUCCAAAUAUUUCUCCAACCCUGAUUGGCACAAAUUCCCUGGCUAAUUCUUCAUAUUAGGUAACCAUUGAUCAAAUUUUAAAGGAGUUUGUGAUAUCAAAUGAAACAACGUCAGUAGUACAGGAUAUCACCAGAAAAAAACCAAUGCAAUGGAAAAGCUCAGGGGACAAGGUUGUGUUGGCCCUACUGUUUUGGUAGAGCUGGAGAAAAUGAAAAUAAAAGUUCUCAUGUUUUGCUUAAAAGAAAAAACAUAGCAAGAAUAGCAAAACUACAACUUGGUGGCUGAUGGCAACUGGUAUUUGAAAAAUAUCUGCUAGACUAAAUAUCUCUGUAAUUUUCUGAUUUUGCCACUGGAGGGGUUGUUCAGCCUUGGCGCAAAACUCACUCCUUGAUCUGCAUAAUUCUUCAGUUCAUGUCAUGUUUCAUUAUUUCAGUUUCCCAUGUCCAGAUUAAGAGCUCACAGAUCUUCAUGUUCCAGUUUGUCUACUUUACCUGUUGCAGCCACUCGUCAGCCUUUUCCAGGGUAAGGUGCCAAAAUAUUCACUAAUGAGCUGAUUAGGUUGCUUUUCUGUACUUUCGUUUCUUCUGUACUUUCUAAACUCCUGUAAGCAGACACACUUGUACGUACCAAGAUCAGUUUCCAUAACUAGGAAUGUCUCAUAGCUUACAGUUAUUAUCCUUGAACCAGGGUUGUCAAAAGUAGCCGGCUGCUGGCGAAAAUCGCCACCUACUUGGUUAGUAUCGGCCGCCUACUCUGCGUGGCAUUUCUUUACAGAUGGCGUUUUUUAAAUAAAAUAUCCCUGGACUGGCCGCUUACUUUGACAACUCAGCCGCCUAUUUCAAACCCUGCUGACAACCCUGCUUGAACACGAGGUUAGCAGUAUAAAAAAUAGAUGGCUAUGCUUUACAUUUUUAAGGCAGGGAAAAAUACCACUGUUAGUACUAAAAUUACCAUUUUUUUGUCCUAUCUACUAUCAAGACAGAAAAAGCACUGUACCGUAGGACAAUGUUUCUUUUGCUCUUUCUGCUCAAGAGAGCUCAGAAACCUAAAAAGACUAAGGCUAUUUUCCCACUUUAUUGGAUAGCUCUUGUGCAGACACAAAAACCACACAAGAUAGGGCUCAUAUCUGUUCACACAUGAGAUUGGUGAUUUUGGUGUGAUAUCUGUAACUUAGUGGAGCUGUACUUACUGCAGUCUCGAAAGCACAUUGUCACAUAUCGAAGUAGCCUGCGUAGCAAGUGUUUCUGUUUGGUUUCGCAGCAAAGAAAGACCAAGAAACAGGAUUUUUGGUUUUGGCCAUGCAAGAAAUGAAACAAGAGCCAAAAAAUGAAAGAAGGGGGAGGGGAGGCCAAACAUUUUAUUGGUCAAUUAUGACAGCAUCAAAUGUCGGUGCACGAACUCAGGCAUGACAGGCCAAGUGGGGGGUUUUUAAAAUCCCGGGGUUUGUCUGCAAGCAUUUCCUUCCUUUCUUCCCCAUCUCCUUCCCGCUCUUACAUUUUUCACGUGGUCUUUGACUCUGGUUCCUCAUUCUUUGCUCCUAAACCGCAUGGAAAUGCUGGCUACGCGGGCUAAUAUCGAAGAGGUUUGCCACUCUUUGACACAGUGUCAGCAUGUAUUCAGAUCAUAAUGGAAGUAAAUGAGUGGGAAGGAGGAUGGGAAACAAACAAAACAAACAAAACAAACCCUGAAGUGAAAAUUCAAAAGUGAGGAUUGGGUCUCACAGCAGCAAACCCUCGGCGACUUUGAACUUUGAUACAAUUCUGUAGAAUUCAACUCAAAAAAAAUUUACAACAUUUAACGAAUGAGAUGGAGUAAGUGCAAUAAAGUUUGAGGCAGCGCGGAUUUACUUUUUAAGUGAUGUUUUUGUAACCGACGCCAUUGUCGUUGCUAUUUAAAGCUCCCUAUUUUUUUCCAAUUCUGUGCUAUUUCCACUCAUACUGUACAAGAUAGCUUUUUAUGUUGGCACAAAAAGCUAUGGUAUAGUAUAGAUGUAACCUAAAUCAUACCCUUGAUACGUGUCUAUCUGCAGAGUUUAUAUAUUAGAUGUUGAGGUAGGGUUUUUUAAAGGGCCCAUAGAUAGAGCUGUCCACUCAUUUUCAACCUCUUUUUUGAUUAUUUAUUUUUCAGGGUUGUAAACCGAUCAACAUUCACCUGCCCCUACUGCUACCAGUCAAAUUUAGAUAACAAAG